UCUGCUUCUGUUCCUCUCCUUCCCCUAUCUCAUUUUACCCUGCACUAUUUGGUUCUUUGGAGGCAGCUCAAAAAUCACUCCGGUAUGGCAGCUGGUGCUGUGUUCCUGAUCACAGUCCUAGCCUCUUCUCAUGGAUUCAACCUGGACAUCAAACAUCCCAUUAUCUUCCAGAAGAAUGUAGCUAGUUUUGGGCAGAGUGUAGUCCAGUUUAAAGACUCUCGGCUCAUGGUGGGAGCUCCAUUGGUAAGGGUUUCUGCCAAACAAACCGGGAGACUCUAUGAGUGUAAAUAUGAUACUAGAAGUUGUCUACCCAUCCCUUUACAGAUCCCCCAGGAGGCAGUGAACAUGUCCCUUGGACUCUCUCUGGCUACUGGUACAAACUCCUCACAACUACUGGUCUGUGGACCUACAGUACAUCAAACCUGUGGGAAGAAUAUAUACAUGAAAGGUUUCUGUUUUGUGCUGGAUUCAAAGGUACAACAAUGUAAGACAAUUCCAGAAACUCUACAGGAGUGUCCAAAGCAAGAAAAUGACAUUGUCUUUUUGAUUGAUGGCUCUGCCAGCAUUAAUUCCGAUGAGUUUCAGCAAAUGAAGAGUUUUGUCAGAGCUGUAAUUGACCAGUUCAAAGAAACCAACACACAGUUCUCAUUGAUGCAGUAUUCAAACCUACUUAAAACACAUUUUACUUUUGCUGACUUCCAAAAGAGCACCAACUGGGGACACCUUGUGGAUCCAAUUUCGCAGCUGAAGGGUUUGACUUACACUGCCACAGCCAUCAGAAAAGUAGUAACUGAAUUGUUUCAAAGCUGGAAUGGAGCUCGGAAGAAUGCCACUAAGAUCCUCAUUGUAAUCACGGAUGGAGAGAAAUACAAAGAUGAGCUACAGUAUGAAGAUGUCAUCCCCCAAGCAGACCAGGCAGGAAUUAUCCGAUAUGCAAUUGGGCAGGUGGGAGAUGCUUUUGAACAUGUCAAAGCCCGGGAGGAACUGAACAUAAUUGGAUCAAAACCUGCAGAUGAGCAUGUGUUCCGGGUGAAUAACUUCGGUACUCUUAAGAACAUACAGGAACAGCUUCAAGAGAAGAUCUUUUCUAUUGAGGGAACUGAAUCUAGAAGCAGUAUCUCCUUCCAACAUGAAAUGUCUCAGGCAGGCUUCAGUGCUGUCCUUACAUCUAUGGGGCCAGUCCUAGGAGCUGUGGGGAGUUUUGGCUGGUCUGGAGGUGUCUUCUUAUACUCCCCAAAUCAAGGUUCUGUCUUUAUCAAGCCAUCCAAAGAAGACAUGCAUGAUGCUUAUCUGGGUUAUUCUGCUAUGGUAGCCAUUUGGAAUGGAGUUCAGAAACUUGUCCUGGGGGCCCCUAGAUACCAGCACACAGGAAAGGUUGUAGUCUUCACCAAUGUUGGUGGCACCUGGGAGCAGGAGGCUGAAGUCAAAGGGACACAGGUAGGAUCCUAUUUUGGAGCAACCCUAUGUCCCAUUGAUGUGAACAGUGACAACAACACGGAUCUGAUCCUCAUUGGAGCCCCUUAUUAUUAUGAACAAAACCGAGGAGGCCAGGUGUACAUUUGUCCCUUUUCUCAGCAGAGGGCCAAAUGGAACUGUGAAGUUGUUCUCCAUGGGCAGCAGGGGUAUCCUUUUGGCCGUUUUGGAGCAGCACUGGCAAUAGCAGGGGACACAAAUGGGGACAAAAUAACAGAUGUAGUAGUGGGUGCACCCGGGGAGGAAGAAAACCAAGGAGCCAUCUAUCUGUUUCAUGGUGUGUCUGGAUCUGGUUUCAAGCCUUCCUAUAGCCAGAGAAUUAGUGGCUCCCACCUUUCCCCCACACUUCAAUAUUUUGGACAGUCACUGAGUGGGGGACAAGACCUCACUCAGGAUGGACUUGUGGAUGUGGCAGUGGGAGCCCAGGAACAUGUGUUGCUGCUCAGGACAUGUCCAAUACUGAGAGUUGAAGUAUCAAUAACAUUCACACCUCCAGAGUUAGCAAGAUCUGUAUUUGAGUGUUGGGGACAAAAGGCCAUCAACAAAGAAGCAGGAACUGCUAUAAUCUGCUUUACUAUUUCUAAAAGUACUCCAGACCAUCUGGGUGAUGUCUCUAGCUCUGUGGCUUAUGACCUUGCUCUGGAUGCUGGGCGGCUGAGUCCUCGUGCCAUAUUUGCUGAAACAAAGAACUGGACAUUAAAUAGAAUUAAAACUCUGGGUCUAGGGAAUUACUGUGAGAAUGUGAAACUGUUGUUACCAUAUUGUGUGGAGGACUCAGUGAACCCAAUCAGUCUUCGCCUCAACUUCUCUCUGGUGGGACAACAUAUCCUUUCAUCUGAGAACCUCAGACCUGUUCUACAAGUGGGUUCCCAGGACCUCUUUACCUCCCAUUUCCCCUUUGAGAAGAACUGUGGAACAGAUCACUUCUGUGAGGAUGACCUUGACAUUACCUUUAAUUUCUCUGGUUUACAGACCUUGGUGGUUGGGAGUAAUCUGGAGUUGAAUGUGACAGUGACGGUGACAAAUCAGGGGGAAGAUUCUUACAGGACCAUGGUUACCUUCUUAUAUCCCCCAGGACUGUCCUAUCGAAAAGUGUCUGUAACUCAGAAUUGGCACCCUCAGCAAUCUGGACGUAUUGCAUGUGAGGCAGCAAUGCCUGAGAACAAGGCCCUGAAGAGUACUGGCUGUAGCAUCAAUCACCCCAUCUUCCAAGAAGGAGCUAAGGUCACUUUUGUAGCAACAUUUGAUAUUUCUCCCACUGCCACUCUUGGAGACAAGAUGCUCAUGAAAACUAAAGUGAGCAGCGAAAAUAACACACCUAAAUCCAACAAAACCACAUUCCAGCUGGAAGUACCGGUGAAGUAUGCUAUCUACUUGGUGAUCAGCAGCAAGGAAGAAUCUACUAAGUACUUAAAUUUCUCUGCUUCUGAGGAGAAGAAAAGCCAAGAGGUCAAGCACAAAUACCAAGUGAACAACCUGAGUAAGCAGAAUCUGCCAAGCAGCAUUAACUUUUGGGUUCCUGUGGAACUAAAUAAGAUGAUUGUAUGGAAUGUGACUACAGUCAACUCCCCCCAGAAGAUUUCGUGUGUCUCAGAAAGGAGUCUCCCCAGUUAUUUUGACUUCCAGACCCAAAUUCAGACAAGCCCUGUGCUGGACUGUUCCAUUGCAGUUUGUCUCAAAAUUAGAUGUGAUAUCUCUUCUUUUGGUGUCCAAGAACAACUUGACUUCACUCUCAAAGGCAAUCUCAGUUUUGGCUGGGUCAGCCAAACACUGCAGAAGAAGCUGAUAGUCAGAAGCUCAGCUGAAAUCAUUUUUAAUGAAUCAAUAUAUUACCAACUUCAAGGACAGGAGGCCUUUUUGAAAUCCCAGACAGAAACAGUCCUGGAGCAAUAUGAAAUUCACAUUCCCAUCCUUCUUAUUGCUGGCAGUACAGUGGGGGGACUUCUCCUGCUGGUGCUCAUAACAGUUGGGCUCUUCAAGCUUGGCUUCUUCAAACGUCACUACAAAGAAAUGAUAGAGAAAAACAUCCAGAGUAUCCAAUUCAGCAAUGAGGACUCCUUCACAGAUGAUUUGCCUACACCAAAAUAACUGUUUCUUCUACCAAUCACUCAGGAGUGCUAUGUAUACAAUUAUACUCUCAUUUGGAUAAACUCAGAAAUGAUGUCAAAGAUGAAGAAUAAUUUUGUUUUCCUGUCAUAUGCUAUCGAUUUCCCUAAUUAGUAAUGAAAAUUUUGCAUUUUAUAUGUGUAUCAAUUUUUACAAAGGAGGAAACACAUGUGUGAAACUCCCUGUAUGCAAAUAGCUGCCAGCUUCCAUGUUUGCUCAUACCACAUUACUAUUUGCCAUAUUAAAUGAGAAUGUGAAAUAUA